CCCCCCCCCCCCCCCCCCCUCCUCCACCCUCUUUCUUCCUUCUGUGGUCGACAUCGUUGAACCCUAAAAAGCUUUUAUUCGCGUUCUACCCCACAAUCCCUGUCCUCUACGAACGCGUGAAGCCGCACAGUCCCCCCUGUAGAAUUCGGUCGCCAGUGGAAUCAGUGGACAAACGUCGAAUUUUACCGGGCCCCUACCAGUGGGUGUGACGGGUUAAGAGGCGUCUUCGUCCGAAGCCACUUCCAUAUCGAAGUGAAAGUAAGCUCACAAAUGGCGGGUCCUAAAGCUAAGAAUAAGAAGAAGCAGCAGCAAAAGCAUGGCGUCGACUUCAAAAAAAUAAAGAGGAAAGUCGGGAGGAAAUUGCCGCCCCCGAAGAAUGCCACCAACAUUCAAAUCAAAUCUAAAGCAAUCAUUCUUCCUGAGCAAAGUGUGGCAACAGAAAAGGCAGGAUCAGCAACAAGCAAGAAAGGAUUAGUCUUGGAUGAUCUUCUUAAGCAAACAUCACACUACAAUUCGAAAGUUCGUCGAGAUGCAUUAACUGGCAUAAAGGAAUUAAUCCUCAAGCAUCCAGGAGAGCUGAAGGCUCACAAAUUUGCUCUGAUAGAAAAAUUGAGUCAACGAAUUGGUGAUGAGGAUCGCUUGGUUAAAGAGACACUGUACGAGCUUCUUAAGUUGGUAAUAUUCCCUGGUUGCAAAGAGGACAUUCAAGGCUCUUUAAUAUUGAGGAUGAUGACAUAUAUCUUUAGGGCAAUGACACAUUUUUCGGUUGAAGCUCGGUUAAUGGCAUUCAAGUUUCUUGACCUUGUUGUGCAGAACAAUUCGUCAACUUUUCUGCUCUAUGCCGAAAAGAUUCUUCAAAAUUAUGAGGAUAUUUCUUGCAGUGACCUAUUUAAUAUGCAAGACAAGAGCAAGGUAAAAAAUGCUCUUUUGGGUCUGGUCCGCUGCUUGUCGAUCCUGCUAUGCAAAAGCCUGGAGGGUGGUUCUCAUGACAAAGAAACAGUUGGAGAAGUUUUAUUGCAUGCGUACUGGCUCAACAGUCCAAAAAAUUCAACAGAUUUUACUCUCGUCACCAGGAAACUGAAGGACCUUGUGCUAGUCCUUAUAACUCGUCUCCUGGAGCUUUUACCUUCUCUUCGUUCCAUGAAUUCCAUGGGCUUGCAGUUACUUGAUACUGAACUGUAUAUACUUCAGAGCAUAAAUCUUGCUCUGAAGUUUUUCAUUAUGAAGUUUCAGAAGGAACAUAAAUCUUGUCAUUUGCAGUCUGAGAGGGAUGACAUCAGGUCCCAGCUUGACAUGGUAAUUUGGGAUCAAACUGUAUCACCAGCAUUGAUGAAGCUGCUGGCUGAUUUUCCUCUUCAUUCAACUGACCAACUUUCGGCCAAGAAUCAGGAGAAGCAUUCCCUAUUGGAUGCGGAGAUAACAGAAAUAUUUUUCAACUUUCAAGAAUGGAUCGACCUUCCCACUGCUAUAACAAAUAAAUAUCUUUCGUAUAUAGAGAUGUUGCUGGUUGAAAAGACAAGUGAUGGAAAGCGGGUUCAUGCAGCAAUUCGAGAGAAGCAAUUGCUUUCAUUCUUCCCAUAUAUCCCAAAGCUACUGUCACAGCACGUCUCAGACGAUUGGAAGUAUUCUCUUCUUCAGGCAUUUACACAGGCUUUUAUGGAUUGCAAUUCCGAGUCCAAACUGAAAUUCGCAUGCAUCUCCAUCCUCGAGAAAAUGCUAAUUCAUGGAACAGAGACAUUCCUUGACCCAAUUGACCCAGCAAUUCUGGACCAUCAGAUCACAUGGAUAAGAGAGCUUCCUGAAUUGUUGGUAGCAUUGGGCGAUAAGCACCCAUCUAGUUCCAAGGUAGUUUUGCGACUGAUAAAUCACCUCGGAGGAUCUGCUACCAUGCAUCCUUCCUUCUUGUUGGAAUAUGAAGGCCUGAAAUCUCCAUUUCAAGCAUUCUUCAGUAUGAGUGAUGGUGAAGGAAAUAUUUGUUAUGGGCCUUUUGUAAGGCUUCCCCGAGAUUGUCAGGAGCUCUCUUUGGCUUGCAUUUCUCAAUUCUCUUGUGCAGAUUUUCCUCUAUUGAAGGCGAUAACUAAAUGCUGCCUAUGUAAUGACUUGGAUCCAAAUCUCCUGUUCCGCAUUAUUGAAGUUUUCGGUCGUGCAGAAAAUAUCCAAAUUGCCGACCGCCUUGGUUUCUUCGUCACACUACUCUCACAUCUGAAAGUUAUUCCUGAAAAUGAGCCGAUUGAAGAGACACAAUUGAAAAUCUCAAGUCCCAGAACCCUUCACAAAGUAACCAAAAUCGUUUGCAGAUGCCUUUCAGUGAUGGGUGAUAUUCCACUGCUUCUUCAAUUGCUCGAGGAAAUUAUAGUCGGCCAGUUGCAAUUAAAACCAGACAUCGAGAAUGCACGUGCAUUACUUCAAGUCAUUUGCACCCUAGACUCCGAACCCACAAGACUCUCUGUAGAGAGCCUUGCUGGGCUGAGUGAUUCCCUUCCUUCCUAUCUGUUAGAUAUUGUUCAUCGAAUUCCAAUAGGUGCCAAUGAGACUGCUGAGUCUACAGUUCUUCUCGAGAAAGCUCGCUUUUACUAUCUCAAACCGUGCUAUUUCUUGUUCAUUAGAAGUCGCAGACUUCUAACUCUGGUCUUGAACGUGAUGAGGUCACUGGUGGAUGACUCGGGCAGGAUUUGUGCGAUUGCAGAGCUCUUUCUUUCGAUGCACAAAAAUGCCGAUAUGCGCCAAACUUUGUCGCAAUUCCAGCAGGAGAUCGGCUCGAUCCUGCUGAAGAUAUUUCAUCUGCAGGCCUCACAGGAAAACAAGAUGACCCUCGUAGAAAGGCACAAAAUACAACGUGCAUUGGAUCAACUGAGCAAUCUAUCGAGUUAGAAGCAGAUGUCGCGGGUCCUUUGCUUUUCUCACAAAAAAAUUGCAUUAUAAUUAUUCUCCAGGGGCGUUUGCUCUAAUGUUGUAAAUGAAGACGAAUCAAAUGGGAUGAAAAUUUUGCAGUGUUAGAGAAUUCAAAGGGUCUGACCAUUCCCUCUUCCCUGUCCCUAACCAUUUCUCUGGUUUUGCGGUAAUGGAAACCAAAUGUCAAAGAGGCAGGAUACGAGGUAUGAAAUCGGUUUUUCCCAAA